AAAACAGUACCCAAACAAACACAACUCACUCGCGUUAACCCUACCUAUUAAACCCUCUCUCUCGCCGGUGAUUUUCAAUUGUCGUCGACCCUACUGCCAUUCCCAUUCCGAUGCUCUCUCUGGUGAGAAGAAUUCAGGGGACCCACAGAAUACUGCCGUUUUCCGCGCUUCAACUCCGGCAUGCCCGAACAGACGGUGGCUCCGGUUCGUUGAAGCCCCGCGCGCCGCGUCGGUCGAAGUUCUCGCCGUCUGCGAUGCUGAGGAAAACUGAAGAGAAGUCGGAGUGGUGGGUUGUGGACGGAGAAAUGCACGAAAUCGGAGACCACGUACCGCUGCGGGAGCGGUUUGUGAUCCCCAGGGAUAAUGUUCCUAACAAACGCCGCAAGCAGCUUCGCGAGCAGUUCAUGCGCCGGACUCGUCUUGUUCUCAAGGAAUCGGAGCAUGAACCUUGGUGCAAGAGGUACAUGGAGCUGUAUAAUGAGCUUAGAGAAAAUUGGGAGAGGUUGUACUGGGACGAAGGGUAUUCGAAAAGGCUUGGUCUAGAUCAUGCAAAUUAUGAUUCUCCAGAGGAGGAGGAUGAAGAUUUUAAUCCUUACAGGACGCCGCAACCUCGAGCUGAGCAAACUAAGGAUGACAUUGUGGGAAGGAACAGGGAAAGUUGGGAAAAGGGCUUCCAAAUUCGCGACAAGUUUGAAUACGACAGAGAGAGAAGAAUGAGAGAAAAAGCCUUUGCGCCGAUGAAUGGUGGAAAUGAGUUUGAGAUGGAUCGCCCUGUCUCUAAGCACGACCCCUUGGACAUCACCCGGUACAUAUCUGAGUCGGAUGAGUGACACUAAAGAACCUUAAUUGGAAAAUUCUUGUCAUAACGUUUUAAGCUUUUACAUAAAUGAUGAAAUCUAUUCGAUUGAGACAAGGGUUAGCAACUCCUUUGCUCCGUACCUCGGAUGCCAUUCUCAUGGCAUCGAGCAGAACCCGACCUGCAGUUCUGUUCUAAUGGUUCUUGGCUGUACAAGUAGAGAAAUUUUAUUUUAUGUUUACACAGAUUUUUAAAAUAUUCUUAUUAGAAUGAAUAGCAAAAUAGAUGUAACAUUCAGUGAUA